AUGUUAUUACUAGGAUUGAUUUUUGGGGUCCUUUCAUCAUGAUUCGAUGCUUUAGGAUUCGUCAUCCAAAAGAAAGGGCACAUACUUGCUGCAGAAAAAGGAAUCAAAUAUCUCAAACAUCCUAUUUGGAUCUUGGGAAUGGUGACACAAAUCUUGGCUAAUCCGUUUCUAUUGGUAGCACUUAACUUGUCUUCUCAGAGUGCAUUAUCGUUUAUCCCUGCACUUGCAAUAAUAAAUAUUGUUAUAUGGUCAAGAGUUAUUCUAGGUGUCAAGGUUACUAAGUACGACUUGUAUGCCCUUUGCUUUAUGAUUCCAGGGAUUGCAUUAAUUAUUACAUCUAGCAGGGUCAGAAAAAUAGACCUUCUUUCUUGGCAGGUCGGAGAUUAUCUAUUUUCAACUCAAACUAUUAUCUAUCUGUGUAUUACUCUUGCACUAUUCAUUGGCUUUGGACUUCUCACUUAUAAGAUGCUUGUUAAGUUCAACUUAUUAAAGAAGGACUCUCUUCGAGACUCCCAAGCAAGUGGUGAAGACGAACAAGUGCAACGCAACAAACCUGAUAUUUUGGAACAGCCGAACAUACUAAUCCCUCUAAUCUUCCUACCCUUCUACGCUGGCUUCACCGCUACCUUCUCCAACACCGUUGCCAAACUAAACAUGAAUGUCCUCCACGACGACGUGUUCAACCACCAAGAUGGUGACCCCAAACUAGGUGUUUACAAAACAACCCUGCUAAUCCUGUUCAACUUCAUGCUUAUCUACAGUAAUCUGUUCCUUCUAAACAAGUGAAUCCAGUACUUCGAACCCAUCUACAUCAUCCCUAUGAAAAAAGUAGCCUUGUUAAUAUAAACAACAUUCUGUGCGGAGGAAUAAUCCUAGAUGAGUUCUCCGAGUUUAAUAAUUACAUGGUCACAGGCGUUAUUUGAGGUGCUUUCCUUUGUACAGUUGGAGUUUCAUUCUUCAUUUUAAAGAGACUCAAACAUAUCAAGAAAUUGAGGCUAAAAGAUUUGAUAAAGCAAACUGAGUUAGGGCGGUUGCCUGAUCAUUCACCUAAGCCAGAUCUUAGUCUGGAAAAACCACACGUUUAGGUUAGAUUAACUCUGAUAGAGAAUGGCUAUUAAAGCCAUAGAAUAGAUAUUCAUC